AAUGUCAAAAAGUGAUCGGCGUGAAGAAUUCUUCACGCUCACGUGAUCUACCGGCUGAAUCAAACAAGUCUGGAUCGAAAAAAUCACCAAAUGUCGGGAAAAGCACUCCACCUACAUCUCAGACUUCAAAAACCAAUCAGACUAAU